AUGAGCUACGACCUCUUCUCAGUCUAUGACCCUCCGGUCCAGAUUGUCCCUGUACACGACUACGACGGUACGGCACAGCAUCAGCCUCAGCAAGCUGCUCGGCGCGACAGUGUGCGCUCGACCCACUCGGACGUCUAUUCCAACGCUCCUUCCUCACCCUCGUUUACCUUGACCCAGCGUACAAACUGGUCGGCACCCCAUCUCGCACUGGCCCCCUAUCAGCACCAGCAUCAGCAGCACCCUUCACCCUCCCAUCCUGGUCCAUCUGGCCCAUCUGGCCCAUCCCCCUCUUACACAUCUCCACACCUCGACCGCAGCGCAGAGCGCAGCACACCACACUACGGCACUCGAGCCGAUACCUACAAUCGUUCACAUCUGUCAACCGUCAACCACCACUACGAGCCACCAUCACCAUCACACCCACAACCAGUCAUGUCCCAGAUCUACCCACCACAAGGACGGUCACCAGUGUCCCAGCCACAGCUCCAGGCGUCCCCGAGCUACCACUCCCACGACCCCCACUACGACCAAGGGUACGACAACCACGGAGGAGGUCGGUCCGCCAACACGUAUCCGAACACGCCGCCUGACGAGCCCGAUUACACAGACUACACCGCAGGGUACCAUGGCAACGACUUUGCAGACGACUACAAGUCCUACGACUCGCACACCCACCUCCCGGGCGCCGCGGCCAAGGAGUAUGAUGUCGGCGCCAUCGUUCCUUCGCAAGGCUACAACAACACCCCUGCCCCCACGGGCAGCCUGUACGGUGUCAACACGUACCCUCCAUCGCCAAUGAUGGGCGGAGGCCAGCUGCCGGCCAGCCCGGGAUUCUCCGGCUCAUCUCACUGGCACGCUGCCCGCGAGAACCUCCUGGCCCGCCGUGUUGUCAAGCAGAUCCCCCUGUUCAAUGGCAACCUUGUCAUGGACGUGCCCGUGCCCCGGCCCGUUAUCCCAACCAGCACUGGUGCGGUUGGCGCCGAGCCGGGCGAGAUGGAGAAGAUGCGCUACUCUGCGGCCACAUGUGACCCGGACGACUUUCUCAGACGCAAGUUCAACCUCAGGCCGUACCUGUAUGGUCGACGCACUGAGCUCUUUGUUGUCAUGACAAUGUACAACGAAGACGGUCACCUAUUCCUCAGAACCCUCAACGCCGUCAUCAAAAACAUCAAUCAUCUCAACUCGCGUACGCGUUCCAAGACCUGGGGCGUCGGUGCCUGGAAGAAGGUUGUCGUGUGUAUUGUGGCGGACGGUCGCAAGGUCUGUGACACGCGUGUCCUCAAGAUCCUGCAGCUCAUGGGUGUUUACGCCGAGGGUGUCGCCAAGGACACUGUUGCAGGCAAAGAGGUGCAGGCGCACAUCUUCGAGUACACGUCGCAGAUCAUCGUCUCAGACACUGGCGAGGUCGGAUUCGGCGGUACCCCGGUCCAGUACAUCUUCUGUCUCAAGGAGGCCAACAAGAAGAAGCUCAACAGUCACCGUUGGUUCUUCAACGCCUUUGGCCCCCAGAUCAAACCCAACGUCUGUAUUCUGCUCGACGUGGGUACCAAGCCCAGUGGAACCAGUCUCUACGACCUGUACAAGGUCUUUGAGAAGCACAAGAACGUUGGCGGCGCCUGUGGCGAGAUCUACGCCGAUACUGGGAAAUGGGGCAGAUACCUUCUCAACCCUCUCGUCGCCGGCCAAAACUUUGAGUACAAAAUGUCCAACACUCUCGACAAGCCCUUUGAGUCGGUGUUUGGUCUCAUUUCAGUGUUGCCCGGUGCCUUCUCUGCGUACCGCUACGCGGCCGUGUGCAACCACCCCGACGGUACCGGCCCCCUCGCCUCGUACUUCCACGGAGAGCUCAUGAACCUGCCCGGCGCUCCCCCAGCGUCCAUCUUCGACAGGAACAAGUUCUUGGCAGAGGAUCGUAUCCUCGCCUUUGAGAUUGUCACCAAGAAGAACGCCAAGUGGCGCCUGCAAUACGUCAAGUCGGCCAAGGCGUCCACCGACGUGCCUGCACGCGUACCAGAGUUCAUCUCGCAGCGUCGUCGUUGGCUCAACGGUUCCAUCUUUGCCUCCUUCUACGCCCUGUACUCGUUCUGGCGCAUCUGGACGUCGGGACACAACAUUAUCCGCAAACUGGUUCUCCAAUUCCUCACAAUCUACAACCUCAUCAACCUCAUCUUCAACUGGCUCUCCGUCUCCUCAUUCUACCUCGCAUUCUACUUCCUCAUCGACUCGUCCAUCUCGGGUGCCAAGGAUCCCUUCGGCGGCGCCGGAAGCGAGAUCUUCCAAAUCUUCAACAAGGUCUACAUUGGUAUCAUCUUCGUCGUCCUCAUUUGUUCCCUCGGAAACCGUCCUCAAGGUGCAAACUUCAUGUACACGUUGUGUAUCCUACUGUUUGCCGCCUGUCAAGGUAUCCUGCUAUACUGUGCCGGUUGGACAGUAUACCAGACAGUCCCUCACACGGCCGACGGAUGGCGUGACUGGAGAGGACUCUUCUCGAACCGAACUUUCCUCUCCCUCGCAAUGUCUCUUAUGGCAACGUACGGCCUCUACAUCAUCUCAUCCCUCAUGUACCUCGACCCAUGGCACAUGCUCACCUCGUUCAUCCAGUACCUGUUCCUUCUCCCCUCCUACGUCAACAUCCUGUUGAUUUACGCCUUCUGCAACCUGCACGACGUGUCAUGGGGUACCAAGGGUGAUAACGGUAACAGCAAGGAUCUUGGCCAGGCCAAGACGGUCAAGAAGAACGGCGAGGAGAUGGCCGAGGUCGCCCUCCCUACACGCCAGGAGGAUGUCGAGGCGCUCUGGCAGCAGGCUCGCUCCGAGAUGCGUAUCCCGCCCAAGGAGGUCAAGGAGAAGCGAAGCGCCGAGACCAAGCGCAGUGACUCGGACAGGAACUUCCGUACAAACGUCGUGCUUCUCUUCCUCGGAAGCAAUAUGCUUGUUAUCAUGCUCUUCACCUCGAGCGCGUUCACCGACUGGCUCGGCAAGCACUUUGUCUCUGCCACAGAGUCGACGUUCAACCCUUAUCUUACUGCAAUCUUCUACUCUGUGCUCUUCCUCUCAGUCAUGCGCUUCAUCGGCUGCCUGCUCUACCUCAUCUUCCGCUUCUUCGGAUUCUAA